CACGCCGUCCUCGAGCUAAUUGCGCUUUUAGUUUCUCGUGAAAUCAACCCCGUAGCUCUGGCACGCGGAACGUGGAAAAGGCGACUCAUCCGGGAACGGGCAGGUUUAGGUGUUGCGUGUGAUGUUCGGGGACCGAAUUGUGUAGCGCCCCCGCUUGCUUGGACACUGGGAGUAUUAUCUCGCGGAUAUACACGCAAGUCGAGGUGAGUGACUUACACUGCCAUGUCGUCCUCGAGCUAUCAGACGAUGCCUCGGCAUCGCAAUGCUUCCGCGAGUUCCGCCGGGCGCUCUUCAAGAAAGGGAAAGGUGGCCGCCGAGCCGAGAGAGUUCACAUCGCCAACAGCUCUCGUCAGAUACUUUGAGCCGACAGCUGCGACAGCCUCGAUGCUGUUAUAUGGACAGGGCAACUCGGUAGUCGUUGCGCAUCAUGAUAGCUUAACGAUCGAGAGGCGAUUUACGCGACAUUCAGCAGAGGUACAUCUGUUGGCUGUGGACACGCAAAGUGAAAUGGGGGCAGGCCGACUCGUCAUGAGUUACGAUGCGGAUAUGACUGCGAUUGUCUGGGACCUUAUGACAGGUGACGAAGUAGCACGAUUUGCUUCAUAUGAGACUCUUACAUGCGCAGCUUGGAUGAAGAAUGGAAACGUCGCAUUCGGCAACACGCAAGGAAAUGUCAUUCUCUUUGAGCCUACUACUUCUGAGCACAUUUCCGCACGAACUAUCGAUCAAAUACCGGUGACGGCCCUUGCUCCAGCGGCUGAUUGUAGAACCUAUGCUAUUGGGUACCAAAAUGGCUCCCUCUUGAUCGCCACUCUGCAGCCACGAUUUACAAUUCUGCAUAAUCUGAGCACGUCAAGAAGCCCGUCGCCGAUUGUAAAUAUUGCAUGGCACGCCUCGUCUGCUCGCCAAAAAUCGGACAUGUUGGCUGUGCAGACCAAUGACGGCGACCUGAGGGUCUGGAGCGUGGCGAAGUCGUUCAGCAGCGAAGACCCUGCCAAGGUUGUGAGGAUACUGAAACGUAAGGAGAAUUAUGUCAAUGGUCCCAACUGGAUGGGUUGGUCUAAGAACGGCCGCAUAAUUCAGUACUCUGAAGGCGAGACCCUCUCAUGGGAUGUUCGAACUAAGCACGUCACUAAUGACAGCAUACCGACCCUUGAGCAUGUCCGCGGCCUCGCCGUGUACGGGGCGGGUGCGACCUUGUUCACCCUUGGUGCCAACAACACCGUCCAGCAGUUUGACCUAAACACGCCAUCGAUGAUGGUUGCUAACGUCCAACAUCCUGCUAAUGUUUUGCCACCCUCUCCGCCGGUCUCCAUCGAGGAACAGCCCGAGCAGGGUGUUGUCAUCAUUGGUACUUCAGAGUCGGAUUCGUCGAUCCCUAUCAACCCUGAAAUAUCCGAGAGCGAUGAUGAUCACAUGUCCCCGUUUGCGAGGCUUACUCGUGGGGCAGACUCUACCGCUGAUAUGUUUGAACAGGAGAGGUCCCGCACAGCGAGUCCAGUAUCUUCAAGGGGGCCCUCGUCUACCAUCUCCAAGUCAUCCAACGGCUCUGGCACUCGAGGUCGAUAUCCACCUUCGGUUAUAUCGCGUGGGAUGACUGAGAAUACUUAUAUCUCUGCUGGAUCUUCGCUUCGAUCCUCGGCUAUAACUCCAUAUGCUGAUAGGGACGCCUACUCACUUAGCAGCAUUAGCUCCGCUUCCAUGACUUCGUCUACCCGUUCUCAUCGUCGGCCUUCUCGACUAAGGAACGAAGUUUUACCUAGUCCCGACGAAUCUAAGGUCAACGACCUCUUUCAGUUUACGAGGAGCCGGCUUCACGACAUCCCUUAUAAGCACGCUCUAGUUGACCAAACUCGUCUAACUAAUGAGGACCUUCGUCGGCAGAUGCUAAGUAUUAUCUUCGGGUGGAACGGAGAGGUUGAGGACCUUGUCCGCGACGAGAUGGCACGUCAUCCUUUGGGCUCCCCUGGCCGUAUUCUUCUAGCAAAAUGGCUUGGUGACAUUGAUGCGGAUGUGAUGACAGCAACAUCGGAGAACAUGACCUCGUCAGACUGGAUGUUAUUAGCUCUAAGCGGGAUUGGCGGUCAGGCUUCCCAGCAUAAGCUCGGGCGUGCGUAUGUGCAACGCCUUCUAGAGAAUGGUGACGUACAUGCGGCGGCGACGAUUAUGAUCGGGAUGGGUGAUACGAACGAUGCCAUUGAGAUCUACAUCUCCCAUAAGAAGUACAUGGAAGCCCUUAUCCUGCUCUGCCUCUUCUUUCCCAACGUAUGGGAGCGGCAAAGUCAAGUUAUCAAGAAAUGGGGAGAGUUCGCUGUCCAGCACGGCCAACAGCAAUUAGCGAUUCGAUGCUUUGCAUGCACUGGCGUAGAGUCUACGGAGCCUUGGACUUCGCCAUCAGCAGCCCAAGUAACCUUCCAGAACAUUAGUGCCAGCAUUCCGGAGAUAUUGAGUCCUCCGUUAUCUCCUCCUGGCAUCAACCGCGGGCCGCAGCGUAGUAUUGCAAAAACCUCAGCGCUAAAGCUCAUUACAACUUUUGGUGAUCCGGGGAAGAAGUCCAAAUUCUUUGCGAACGGUGAUGGGGGUCAGACUCCCAUUGCUGCAGGUGUCACGCCUAUAGCUGAGUCUGCCGUUUCUCCUGGUGGACAUGAGCCUAGUACUGCAUUCCUUCGUCCCUCGCAACGAAGCGCUUAUAACACUCCUGCUUCUGCAAAGCCUACUACACCCGGUGGAUUCGGACGGCAACGUCUGCCCUCAAUAGGAGAAAUCCCAAGCAAUGCCAUUCCGCGCGACCUACUCAGCGAAAGAGAUCUUCCAACUCCUCCUGCUGACUCUGUUCCUGAAAUGAGCCAGGCCCAUCGUGCCCAUCACUCUAAAACACCUUCUGCUGACGACCGGUACGAUGUUGGAUUAUCUGUGCCGAGAGCUUCUACUGCAAGCCCGAUGAUGAUGAGGGAUAUCCAUCGUCGGAAGGACCCUCCUCCACCUUCGCCAUCGCCACAAUCGCUUAAUGCUCUAAUGCAACAGGGCCGUUCUAGUCGAAACGGUGCCCGAGAACGGAAGCCUGAGGGAAUGGAAUUGAAAAUUCACUCUAUUGAAACAGCGAUGAACAGCGACGUGACCUCUCCAGAGCAAUCGGUAGCAUCGUCUACCCGUUUCCAUUGGCCGUCUCGUCGCCGUGGUCCAGGAUCGAUCGCUAGCUCCGUUACAUCAAACUCGAGCGCUGGACGAGGUUACCGAGCUAACCAGGCCGGAGGUCGUGGAUUGAACGAGUAUAUUCAUAGCCUGGAGGCUGCACAGCACUACUCCAAGAAGCAGCGAAGCCGCGAGAACAGUCGCCACCGCCAGGACGACAAAAAUGCUCGGAGCCGAGAGGGGAGCCGUACUCGUCAAAGCAACACACGCGAAAGUUCGGAAGAUAGGGGUAGAGGUAUCUCUCGAAACUGGACGCCUAAGCCUGCUAAACGCUCUCCCACUUCUCCCGUGCCCAUGUCCCCCGAAGAUCUGAUUAACCUGAGUACCCCACAGCAAGCUAGAGCAGAGAUUAGCGACGAAGGAUUCGUAUCGGUCGAGUUCGACUCAGGGGAACCGUCCACGGUUCGAAAAUCUAGUCAAAUUCGACGAUCUUCCCCUCGAAGCACUCGUAUCUCUAGCCGUACUUCGAGCCGUACCGGCCGCCAGAGGAGCCACGAGCGACGACCGCCAGCGUUAGAUCUCCGCGGUAGAAGCAAGAGCCGUGGCGAUGGAUCUGUUCUAAGAUCUCCGUCGUCUCCAUUGCCAAUGUCAGCGCCUAUGAAGUUUUACGGAUCAGACGAUGAGGGAGACUACCAAGCCGCCAUUGCCGCGCAGGAACAAUUUAGAAACCGACACAACCGAAGCGGUAACCAGAGCCAAAAGGAUCCAUCUUCCCCUGCCGUCUCCCGAACUCGGGAUCGUUCAGAAAGCCGUCGCAGGAGGAACAAGACUCCAGCUGACCAAGAACCAAUGCCGGUGAUUCAGCCGGCGCAGUUAGUUCUCAAACAGCAGCAACAAAUUCCGCCGCCGCCGCCGCCACCACCGCAGCAGCCGAUGAGUGAGGCACGAGCUGGAGAUCUCAAAUUAAUCUCGGCCGAAAGACAGCUAAAGAAGGAGGCGGCAGCCCGCGAACUAGAGGAACGCCGCAAGUCCCUUGCACGACGUCCCUCAGCACCUCCUAUCCCUCACCCGGAUGAGCUCUCCCCAAUUGUAGCCCGCACGCCCAGCAUCUUCGAAUUGCCUCAGACGACUUUUGUACCUUCAAAAGAUAUGCCCGUCAGGAGUCAGACCGCCGACCCCCACAGGAGCGCUCACUCUUACUCACGCAGCGGAACCGUCCCCAUGAUUGGCCUACCAGCAACACCUAAAGCUAUGCGUCUUCAGUUCGCCUCGAGCAAGCAUGGUGGCGCACCGCCAGUUCCUACCGCCUACACCAGGACGUCGCCGCCGUCUUCUGGCCAGCCAUCACCUAACCGACCUGGUAACAACUCGCCGACUAAGUCGCCACCAGCCCUAGCCGAAUCGCCUAGCAAAUCGUCGGAUGGGUCAUCGGACAAAGAGGCACCACUGCUGACUCUUCUCCCUUCAACCGUGUAUUCUCCUCCCUCGCGACCUAAUAUCGCAAGGUGCAUGUCCGCUCCUAUUCCGGAAGAGCACCCGCCUCAAUUUGCCCACUCAGCUCACCAGCACGGAAUGCAGGCAAGCAGCCAGCCGCACCGCAGAGGGUCUCUCUCGGUAAGGAAGAUGAGUGGAGAUGUUAAUGGAGGAUUGCCUGGUAUCGAGGAGAGGGCGGGAUCCGGUAGACACUCGAGGAAGGCUUCUCGAGACGACCAGAUACCUCCACCACCGCCACCGCCGCCGGUCCUUAAGGAGCUCCAGCAUCUGGCUACUCCCCCACCGCCGCCUCCCGCGCCUAUCCCCGGCGUUAGGCCCACCAUCUACACCGGUGCUCAGCCGUCAGGAUCCGGAACCAUCGAGAUCGUAAUGGACGAGGAUGACGAUAACAGCGCAGCAUCAGUCAUGCCGGUUCCGGAACCCGCUCCGCAAGCUUCAAGCCCCCAGAUGUCGCCCUCGUCGCGCAACGGCCACAGCCGCGGGCGAAGCUUUGGCGACAACAGCAUCGCCGGACGUAUUAGCCGUGCUGCCGAGAGGAUGCGAUCUGCCAGCCGAGGCCGCACCGGCUCCAUCCUAGGUAACAGGACCAAGUCUCCCGACACCGCUACCAUACCCUACGAGAGCGUCCCGCCCCCAGUUAGCAUGCACAGCAGCGGCUUCACAUCUCCUGUUAAUCAGCAGCAACCACAGCUACCGCAGUCUAUCGAGCGCCACCCCCGCGAGGUCCGCGCCGCGUACCAGGAGCGGGAGUUCGGCAGCGGUCUUCACGCCAGCGAGAUGAUCUAGACCCAGAUUGGAUAACACUUUCUUUAUUUCGAAAUAACGCCUAGAUUACGAUUGUGUUCUUACUUAACUACCUACAUUUCAACUAUAUACGACGCAUCUCUAUCUCUUUGGAUUCUUCCGCGUCUCACCCAGCAUGUAUUCGCAUGGCGCCGGCGUUUUCAUCUACUUCUUACCAUUGAUACCAUUUCUUCCUCCGAGUCUUGUUUUGC